AUGAAUACAUUUCUUUUUGGGCUUCUAAUAAAUACAGUAUAUUUGAUUUAUUCAGGUAGUGUCCCAUCUCUAGCUGCUGGCCUUCUCUUUGGGAGUUUUGCUGGACUGGGUGCCUAUCAGCUCUCACAGAAUCCAAAUAAUGUAUGGAUUUCUCUGAUUACAUCUGGAACAUUGACUGCCAUCAUGGGAACAAGAUUUUACAACUCUGGAAAAUUCAUGCCUGCAGGGUUAAUUGCUGGUGUCAGUUUGCUAAUGGUUGGAAAAUUAGCACUGAAGAUGAUGGAAAAACCGCACGACAAGUAAUUUUCUAGUUUAAUAUCUGAAUAAGGACACCUGAGAAUGAAGAUGCAGGACUGCAGAAGCAAAAAGGAUGGAACAGUUUUCUGUAUCAAGACAGCUUCCCCCUCCCCCUGCAAGAUGCCGUUUGUUUCAAUGAUCAAGUAGAGCUAUUGCUAUGUGGUGAGAUACUGGUCCUGGUUUCCAAACAUAUCUCAGUGUAUUUUUAACUCUUCCAGUUUUUAUAUUCCAAAAUAAACUGAUGACGUGUAUGAAGCAGGGAGGACUAACAAUUAUGAAAGCAUCCACAAAGAGUCACCAGGAGUAGCUGGUCAAAUACAACGCUGUGGUAUCUCCUACCUUUCCUACUGAGUGUUACAGCAUGCUCUACCUGCUUGCAUUCCAAGUUGUAAGACCACGUUGUGUAUAACACGAAACAGAUCUUACCUUUUUAUUCUGGAAUGAUGUUUAAAAGAGAAUGGCUUUUCUAUAAGUAAAAUCUGUUACAAAACUUUA